CUGAGAAGUCUUGUUAAUAAGGACCGGUUUUUGCUCUUUUCAAUGCAGAUCAUAUACCUAACCUUAAUGUACUGGUUACAUAUAGUGUUAUUUUGAAAAUUAAUACUUAGGGUAUCAGUCAUGAAUUCAUUGAUCAGGUCAGGUGUUGGAUGUAUUUUAUCUGCUAGCAAGCAAAAUGUUAGAUUACUUUCCAAAACUGUGACAAAACCAGACUUCAAUAAACUUGUAAAAAAUAAUAAAGUUGUGGUUUUCAUGAAAGGUGUCCCAGAAGAGCCUAGAUGCGGUUUUAGCAAUGCUGUUGUUCAAAUUUUAAAAAUGCAUGGAGUUGAAUAUGAUGCACAUAAUGUUUUAGAAAAUGAGGACGUUCGCAAUGGUAUCAAAGAGUACUCGAAUUGGCCAACGAUUCCUCAAAUUUUUAUUAAUGGGGAGUUUGUGGGAGGCUGUGAUAUUUUAAUGCAAAUGCAUAAAAACGGAGAUUUAGUUGAAGAAUUAAAGAAAGUUGGUAUAGAAUCAGAGCUUUUAAAACUGGAGAAAGAAAAUGAGAAGAAAUAGUUUCUAGUAAAAAUUAUGUGUGAUGUAAUAUUGUAAAAUAUUUGUUCAAUAAUUUGUAAUUUAUGUAAUUUAGCAAUAUAAUUGUUUAUUUUUUAUUUCUUUAAUUUCCUGUAGUAAAUAAAAUUUUCAACUGACAA